AUGUCAUCUGGAGUCAAAAAGCCAACUCGUCGCUAUCACAAAAAGUCCCGCAAUGGGUGUGCGCAAUGCCGCUCCCGCAGAAUCAAGUGCGAUGAAACACAUCCAGCUUGCCGAAACUGCCAGCGGGCAAGUAAGGACUGCCAUUAUGCUGCGCAGAGCUCGCCAAGCACCCGGUCUACUCCUAGCAAUAGCAUCCCACAACUAUUGCCACCGGCCGCUACCGAGUCUAGCCCAUCCUUCGAUCUGCUGGACUUGAGUUUGAUGCAUCACUAUGCAACAGUCACGUCCGUCUCCCUGUUCGGCGAAGAACAGAAAGAGCUCUGGCAGACAGAGAUCCCGAUCAUGGCGCGCUCAAGCCCGCUGCUUAUGCACGGCUUGUUGGCCACCGCUGCUCUCCACAUGGCGUUCCUCCACAAGGAUUCGCCGGUAGCAUUUACGAAUCGCGCACUGCAUCACCAUAGCCUCGGACUCGAACUAUUCAAUGGUGAGAUUGCGACACUCUCAGCCGAGAAUAGCAAGAGUCCUGUUCUCUUCACAUUCGGCCUGUUCCUGGUGAUAUGGGCCUACGCAUCACCAACGAUCCCGAGCGCCAUAAACACUCCGACGGACGAGUUCGAGCUCGACACCCUUCUCUCUUCCUUGGACCUUGUUCGCGGUAAUAAAGUGAUCUUUGAACUCUCCAGCGAAAUGAUCCUCUCCCAACCAAUUGGGCGCUUUACGAGACCGUCCGCCGACAACCUAGCCCGCCCCAGACUCAACUCUCAGACCCUUCCCAAGCCUAUACAAGAUACGCUCGACGACCUCCGUAAACAUGUCACUGACUUUAUUGAGUCAAUGGCCAUUGACCAGCUGGAGCAAUAUCUACUAGACACAGUCUCCAACCCCGAUGACAUGCGCCGGCCCCUUGGGUGGCCCGCCCUUGCUGAGUCACCAUUCUGGGAACGCGUCCGCAAGUAUAAACCGACAGCGUUGCUGAUAUUCUUGCACUAUGCCGUCCUUCUGGCAUAUUACGAGCUGCGGGCGUGGUGGAUGGAGGGAUGGUCUGACAGGUUGGUUGGUGCUGUCAACCAAGUGCUGGAUAAGCAGGAUAAGAACCGGCCUGACUGGGACACCUGCGUGAGGAAAGUAUCGGCCGUGGUGAUGAACGUGAAGGAAAGUAUUAGGUAUCCUUUAAGCGCCAGUUCCCAUUUAAGGUCCCAGCUGUGUCCUGCGCGGUGA